AUGGCAGCGUACAACUAUCACGGGCAGUGCCCUCUAAAACGAGGGGAAUUUCGGCUUGUACGACUCCACCGAGGCGAAGGCAAUGCCGAACUUGAAUGCAAUCUGCUGAAGCGCACUCUUCCUAGCGACGACAUGCCGGAGAGCGAUCUCUUCGGUGAAGUGGUCAGUGCGCCAAAUCCAGAGCCAUAUGAAGCCCUGUCAUAUACUUGGGGCCCAAAAGGUGAAAACUGUCAUAUCAAAAUUCUGGAAGCUGAUGAAUCUCAUGCAAUGGAAAUUCGACCAAACCUUAAAGCUGCAUUACUGCGUUUCAGACUUCCUCGCUCACAUCGAUAUUUGUGGGUGGAUGCUCUCUGCGUGGAUCAGGACAAUCAGGAGGAGAAAAGCACCCAAGUCAGCAUGAUGUUCCGGAUCUUUGAUACCGCGGAGAGUGUCUGCGUCUGGCUGGGUGAAGAAGCCGACGGAAGUGCCAGAGCAAUGGAAUUUAUCCGAUGUCGUCUGAAACCUGACAAUUUUGACAAAUUGGUGGAAGACCAAUCGUUAUCCGAGGAGUGGGUAGCGCUGUGUGCCUUGAUUCGACGACCAUGGUUCAGUCGACGGUGGAUAAUCCAAGAGAUAGCAUUGGCAAAGAAAGCCACUGUAUUUUGCGGUGGAUCGAACGUGGACUGGGAAGAGUUCGCUGAUGCAGUUUCCCUCCUUGUUCAUAGUAAGGAGAACGUGCGGAGGCUCUUGAGAAAAUCCAAGGAUUAUAGUGAUCAUCCGGACUACCUUGGAGAUGUUAGUGAAUCAGCAGCUGCCCGGCUGAUAGAUGCAUCGGAUAACAUGUUCAGGAAAUCAGAGAAGGGACAGAUCCUAGAACGCCUCCUUUCUCUAGAGGAACUCAUGUCCUCCCUAUCCGCAUUCGAGGCCUCAGACGCCCGAGAUGUGCUCUAUGCGAUUUUGUGGCUAGCCCGCGAUGCACGCCCGGGUUUCAAGGGCACAUUCCCAACUUCGGAUGACACCACCAAUGAAUGGCCAAGAAGGCUAUCUGUAUCCAGCGACUUUCCGACAUCACCCACUAGUGGAGCUGAUUCUCUAGAUACACAACUUCGUGCGCUUGCCCACGUCACAGAGGGUCGAAAAAGAGCCCUUUCUGAUACCACAAGCAAUGAAACACCCCACAAGCGCGUAAAUGGCACUGAAAAUCUCGAUAUCCCCCAAAUUUCUAUAAGUUAUGUCAAUUCACGCGCGAACGAAACGACGGGAGAUCGUUUAGUGAGGAUGGCAAAUUCACCUACCGAUCAGCGCGAACCUCUAAAUCCUAUUGUGACCAACGGUCACCCAUUUCGCACGUCUAUUCUAGAAAUUUCACCAACCCAGGGAUCUGUUGACUCUAAUCUAAGUGUGAGAAGAGACUCAAUAGGAAGACAGGGUUUCUUGGCGAUAAAAGCUGCAAAAACACUCCGCGAGAGGGCGAAGAAAAACAGUAUCCCGGUUGAUUACAAAAAAAGUGUUCUUCAAGUAUGUAAAGAUGUUUUAAGAUUCAUAUUUACUCAGUCAAACUCGCUAGACAUGAUGUGCCGACCAUGGGCACCCUCUGGCACCAAGCUUCCUUCAUGGAUGCGCCCCGUAUCAGAUAAAGCCUUUGCCACCGAAAGACAAGGAGUUUAUCGUCGGGUUAAUGCCGAUUCGUUGGUAGGUAAACCCUGGCCCAGCCCAAAUCUCUACAAGGCUGCCCAUGAUAUCCCCGCUUGUUGGUCGUUUGAUUCUGAAGUGGAGGAAAUCCUAAAUGUCAAAGGCUUCGUGCUUGAUACGGUACGGCAAAAGGCAUCAGCAGCUCGGGCGGGAAUUAUUCCAUCCGACUGGAACAAAAUUGCGGGUUGGGAAAAUACAUCCCUACCUCCCCCAGAGGCCUUCUGGAGGACGUUGGUUGGAAAUCGGGACUUCGAAAGCCGCAGGCCACCACGACACUGGAGGAAGGCGUGCCAGGACGCGUUCAGUCUUCGAACGUCGGGAGGGGACCUCGACAUGAAAGAAUCGGUUGCAUAUGGGUGCCCGAAGUUUGUGCAGCAGUACCUCGAGCGAGUGCAAUGCACUGUAUGGUCACGAAGACUUGCGGUGUUAGCACGCAUUCCAGCGCACGAAGCAUUGUGUCUUCUCCCCAUGGGGGCUAAAAAGGGGGAUAAAGUAUGCAUUCUAUAUGGAUGCAACGUUCCUGUCUUGCUUCGAGAUAGGGAUGCGAGCAGGCGUUGUCGGUGCGAGUGCCGGCAGCGAAAUUGCCUGUGCUGCGCGCACAACCACACAACAGAUUUAGACGACACGACGCCCUCUCGGUAUGAUCUGAUUGGCGAAUGCUACGUGCAUGGAAUGAUGGAUGGGGAGGCUCUUGAUUACAAAUUGAAAAACAGAAUCAAAGGACAGAACUUUGACAUCCGAUAG